GAAACUUAUUUAUAUAGUUAACAUCUUCGGGGUGCGAGAAAAUUAUGCUUAAUCCUAUAUCUUACAUUAUAGAAGAGUGGAAUCAACGAUAAAACGAGAUGUUCUUGUCGUGACAAGGAGGUGGAGUUAAAGUCACGAGGCUAUAGCACUACUAAAAAUACAGCUGGGAUGUGCGCACAUCUCAAAGGCUGUGUUCGGCAGUCGUGUUAGUCAUGUGUCAACUCUUAGACAGUUUCAUGGGGUACGUUCGCUAGUUCCAUACAUCGCUUAUUCACUUCCAUUCAUACUCGUUUCUUCUCACAAUGUCCGAUAGCGGUGGGCAAUUGACAGCAGGCCUCCAACAAAAAGACACGACUUUCACCAAAAUAUUUGUCGGUGGAUUGCCAUACCACACGACAGACAAAUCUCUUCGCCAAUUUUUCGAAACUUUCGGAGACAUUGAAGAAGCUGUUGUCAUUACUGAUAGACAAACGGGAAAGAGUCGAGGUUAUGGGUUCGUAACAAUGGCGGAUAGAGAAGCUGCAGAAAGAGCAGUGAAAGAUGCCAAUCCUAUUAUCGACGGUCGAAAAGCUAAUGUCAAUUUAGCGUAUUUAGGAGCUAAACCGAGAGGAAACGUCCAGAACGGUUUUCCCUUUCCUGUCAGAGCAGCAUAUCCAACUGUAGUUCCUGGACAAUAUGGAUUGCCUCCACAUUACGUUUAUCCUUCGCCAUAUAUCCCUACACCCGGACUUUUGAUGCCUCCUCACGCUCCAUUGUCUCCAGCCACGGGGCAUUUCUACGAUUACGCCGCAGCUUACCCCACUCAAUUUGCCAACGGAUUAGAUCCGACGUAUCCAUUUCCUUCGGCAACAAGUACUCCAGGAGGAGCAUCUUAUCUGCCUCCCACAGCUUAUGCUUAUACCAUCCCUCAGCCUCUUCCAGGAAGCAACGCUACGCCUUUUGCUGUGCCUUACGCAGCUACUCAACCUCAGAUCCAAGAAGCGAGGAUGCAAUAAAAAAAAACAAUAUAUAUAUAUAUA